GCAUGACGCUGUACACCUUGCUUUGCAAAGGGCCCGGAGCGCCAGUGGUGCUCCACUAUGCCAACUGCGGCUUUGACAGCUGGCGCCAGAAAUACGAGCUGCUGUGUACAGGUCACGGCACAGAGGAUGGCGCUUUCUCCACCAGACGGCCGGGCAUCGCUGAGAUUCGAUCUCACCUGGCAGCCAGGCAGCUGACUCUACGAGGUGGCAUGAAAGAUCUGGAGCGCUUCUACAAAAUCUUCGUGCAGGGAAACGAGUUCGACGAGAUGGCGUACCUGGCACAGUUCGGCCUGGUACUCCGAUUGACGCAGCCGCAGCAGAGACUGCAGGAGUCUCGCAGGAUCUUCCUGCAGUUCAGCAAGACCUGA